AUUCUCACCUACACUGGACAAAUCACGGCCCAUUUGAAAACCAUACCGCGAACAGUUUAAACCCUCCCGCUAUCAGCCGGAAGCCAUCGCAUCAGCCCAACUCCCAUUGCUUCCGGCAGAGUCUCGUCGAUAGAUACCCCGAAACAGAAGGAAUGUACACACUAGGUAAGGUAGCCAACACAGCUGGAAUGAAGACGGGUUCAUCAAAAACCCUGACAUCACCGCCCCGAUCUGCCGGAACAUAAAAAGGGUCCCAAGACAGUUUCGGUCUCACUUAACCCUCCUUCGGACAACCCACCCACCAACCCAAGAAAUCUCCCAAGUCCACCGCUCAAAAAUGAAGAAGUUCACCCUCCUCACCCUCCUGGCCCUGGCCCAACGACAUGCCCUCGCCUCGCCCCUCGUCUCCCUCCCUCAAGACCUUGUCGUCCGGUCCUUGCGGUGCGACUUUGGCACCGCCUCCAUCCAGGCCGACACGGCAAAGUGCACAGCUGAGGGCGUCUUUUGCAAAGAAAGCAUCGGCGUGGUGAUCACCGCCGGCACUGCCGCGGCUUACACCUGCCUGCAGCAGUGCAGCUGCAUGUAGCGAACCUGCAACUAGCUACCUAGCCUCUUGGAGGACAUGUGUCAGGCGUUUGGGAUAAUGCAUGUGCCCGAUGAUAGGCUCUUAAUAAUAAUACAGUAAUAUAUCAUCCCGCCGUUAUCCCCUUGAUGAUGUUUACACCCCCCGCUGCCUGUUCUGCUCUCACGGCGAGAUGAAGACAAAGAAAAGAUUUAUUUGCAAAAACCAGCCUUAUCAUGUCUAGAUAGCUUACCAUAUGAGACUCUUCCAUAUUCAGACAGAAACAAAUGACAUGUCUUCCA